GGGAUCAGGUCCCUUCAACGAUCAGCGUUGAAGCUAACGGUUAACGGUUAAUGUACGUGCCUCAAUCUUCGAAAUAGAGGCCCAACUUCAGUUCAACCGCACAGCUUACACGCCUUCCGCUCAAGCAAUUCGACACCCCAACGCCACCAUGUCCUUCAAAGCCAAGAAUCUAACUUACGAGUCCGAAGACCCCGCCUUCCUCCGCCGCCUCAAAGGCCAGCUCGCCCGCGGCGACACCGACCGCCACGAGCGCCCCCUCGCCCGCCCCAAGAAAGCUGCGCAGGCCGACGAGGAGGACGAGCCGACGUACGUGGAUGAGGAGACGGGCGAUACGGUGUCGAAAGCGGAGUAUGAGGCGUUGUUGACGGGGAAGGACGUGGAUGUGAAGGAGGAUGGGGAGGGUCAAACUGGGGAGAUGGAUACCGGGGACAAAGCGAAGGGUGGGGGCAAGGAGGAGGUGAGGGCGGAGCAGAAUCGAACGGAGAUAGGGGUGCAGAAGAAGCGGAAGGCGGGGAGGAUUAUUGGGGAUGAGGGGGCGGGAAAGGAAGACGAGGUGAAGUCCGCCACGACGAAGAAGCCCAAGACCAAAGCGAAGAAGAAAGCCAAGACGAAGUUGUCUUUCGAAGAAGUCUGAUACAUCAUAAACCUAACGGCAUCAUGUCACGAACGGAA